AUGGGGCCGGCCUGCACUCUGCUUAAUCAUUGUCUGUACAAAGCAGUUAGGAGAGACAACAUUGCAAAGUGUUUAUAAGCUGUCUUGGCUGAUGUUUAACCGGACUUGCCUAAUUAUGCAAUUUUAACGUGUUCAAAAACUGGAUUUGUUGACAGUGCGGAGCAAUCUGUGUCCCGUCGUCUUUGGAAGACCAACAUUGCAACUUGGCGGAUGAGAUUUGUGACGAGCCGGCUGGAUUCAUGGGAAAUCCCCUUUCUUCUGUCCCGUGAUGGCUUUUGUGACUGGAACACCACAAGGAGCCGAGGACUUGCUAACCGUUUCACCGGAGAAGAGCUGUUUCCUUGAUGCAUCCGACUCCAGCGAUGUGGACGAAGGCCUGCUCGAUGACCUGGAGCUAAACCCCUUCGACGGUUUGCCGUACUCGUCACGGUUUUAUGAGCUUCUGAAGCAGAGGGAGAAGCUGCCCAUUUGGAAAACCAAAUAUGUCUUCCUGGAGAGUUUGGUGCAGAACCAAAUUGUGGUGGUGUCUGGAGGAGCCAAGUGCGGGAAAAGUUCACAAAUCCCACAGUGGUGCGCGGAAUACUGCCUAUCUGUUAAUUAUCGACAUGGGACCGUCGUAUGUACCCAGGUUCAAAAACAGACCGCCAUCUGGCUCGCCAUGAGGAUGGCAGAUGAAAUGGAUGUCAACAUUGGACAUGAAGUUGGCUACGUUGUACCUUUUGAGAAUUGUUGCACUAACGAGACAGUCUUAAGGUAUUGCACAGAUGACAUGUUCCUAAGGGAGAUGAUGUCCAGCCCUCUAUUAUCCGGUUAUGGAGUUCUAGUUAUUGAUGAUAUUUGCAAGCGAUCUGUGUCAUCGGACGUUCUUCUGGCAUACCUUAAAAACAUACUCUUGGCAAGACCUGAACUGAAAAUUGUGCUCAUCACCCCACCUGAGCUGUCUGACAAGCUAGUGACUUACUAUGGCAGUGUACCCCUCAUCGAGGUAGAGUGCCCGCAAUCUGCAGAGGUAGUAUACGCCCCUGGCGUUCAGAGGGACCCUUUCCUCGCUGCCAUCCGGCUUCUGUUCGAGAUACAUCACUCUCAGGAAAAAGGGGACAUUGUUGUCUUCCUGGCUUGCGAUCAAGAAAUAAGCAAGGCCUUUGAAAUGAUCCAUCAGGAAGCCUUACAUAUGAAUCCGGCACUGGGUGAACUACAUCCCAUUCCAAUCUAUCCUUAUCACAGUCUGCCUUAUUACAUGCCGUACAAUGGGCUGGCCCAUGGCGGCAAUGACUACAGGAGGAUCGUGAUCUUAACAAGCAGCCAUGGCGAGUCUCUGGUCUGGAUAAGCAACGUGCACUUUGUCAUUGAUGUUGGACUGGAGAGGAGGAAGGUUUACAACACCAGGAUCCGGGCCGAGUCUGUCAUCACUCAGCCGAUCAGCAAGGUUCAAGCGGAGAUGAGGAAGCAGAUUCUUGUUUCUGGUCCUGCAGGGAAAAUGUUCUGUCUCUACCCCGAAGAGGUCACCCAGACUGAAAUGAAGACCUUCCUGACUCCGAAAGUCCAAGAGUCUAACCUGACAUCCAUGGUCCUGUUUCUGAAGAGGAUGGAUAUUGCCGGUCUGGGCCAUUGUGAAUUUAUUAACAGGCCAGACCCCGAAAGUUUAAUGCAGGCUUUGGAAGAUCUGGAUUACCUGGCAGCCCUCGACAACGAUGGCAAUCUCUCUGAAUUUGGAAUAAUUAUGUCUGAAUUUCCACUGGAUCCGCAGCUGUCAAAAUCUAUUUUAGCUGCCUGUGAGUUUGACUGCGUGGAUGAGAUGCUCACACUGGCUGCCAUAGUUACAGCACCCAGCUGUUUCCUGGAGUCGCAUGUCACUAAUGAUGACGCAAAGCUAAGCAGUAGAAUGAAGUUCUUACACCCUGCUGGAGAUCACUUCACUCUGAUCAACAUCUACAGAGAGUAUAACCAGAUAAGGAAGAACCAUUUCAGACCAGGUAAGUGGCUACAUUCUUCUUUGUACAUAAUUGAGAGGUGGUGUCAGGAUCACCUGUUGGACUAUACCGCACUGGAGAUGGCAUGUGUCAUACGAGGAGAACUGUUGGACAUAAUGAAGAGACUGGAACUGCCAGUUUCAGAACCGGCUUUUGGCACUGAUGAGAAUGUCUUGAACAUAAAGAAAUCCCUUCUGUCCGGAUAUUUUAUGCAGAUCGCUCGAGAUGUCGAUGGUUUGGGAAAUUACAUCAUGCUAAUACACAAACAAGUGGGCCAGUUACAUUCCGAUUCGGGGUAUUGCCUCAAUCACAUUAUCCCGGAAUGGGUCCUCUUCCAUGAAUUCAGCGUAGCAGACAGGAGCUGUAUCAGGGUUGCCACGGAAAUUUCCCCAGAACUGUUCAUGCAGAUGGUGCCCCCAUAUUACUAUAGCAAUCUGCCCCCCAGUGAAAGCAAAGAGAUCCUGGAAAAGGCAAUGGAGUGUAUGACCAAUAUCGGUACACCGGAAGACCCGCCAGAAGACCAGGGGACAGCCGCGGAGGAAGAACCAUCCAGCACAGCCGAGCAGAGAUGUCUCAUACAAUAAACUCGCCUG